AUGCUCAGCCGAAUCGCCCGAGUCGCUCCCCGAGUUGCCGUCCGACAGGUCGCCACCUACAACCCUCACCACAACAAGAUCGCCGCUGGUGUCUUCCUGUGGAUCACCGCCACCAUCUACUGGGGCACCGCUCGACCAUACCUCCAGGAUGAACUCUGGGAACAGAAGUCCACCUUCUCCAAGGUCGAAUCCGAAGAAGAAGAUGACGAGUAA